AAUAAAUAGGGAGACACAGAGCCAGAGAGCUCAGUUCAUCAGUGAAGCACAUGAGUGUGUGUGGGAACAUGAAAGUCUUCAUCUGCUGCUGGAUCAUCUUCAUCAUGAGCUGCUGCACACUGUCGUGGGCUCAGGUUCCCGUCGACUGUUGCCUCAGCGUCAAGAACAAAACUAUUCCCAGUCACAUGAUCGUGAGUCAUCGUCGUCAGUUCAGUGGGCAGGGCUGCGCCAUCGACGCCACCAUUCUGUUGACGAGACGCGGCAGGAACCUGUGUGUCCCCGCCCACGAACCCUGGGUCAAACAGCUGAGCGCACGCGUGGAUCAACGCAACACAUGCACGAAACACGGUGUGUCAGAGAGAAGAAGAUGUAAACAAAGAGUAAACAACAGCGUCAAAGAGCUUCUGUGAUUCAGGAGGAAACACAUCACAGAAAAACUGUUUUCCAAAAUAAAAGAGUUUGUGUUAAAACUGUGAAGCUAACUAAGCGAAGCUAACUCUUGUAAGCCUGCAACAGACUAACAAAAUAAAAGCAUUUUAACUGUG